AUGGAUCUGAUCAAACAGGCUCUGAAUGUUGCCAAAGACACAAGACAAACAAGAUGGAUAUGCCCCCUGCUCCUCGCCGGCGACGCGGUGUUGUCCAUCGCGGUAGUGUUGAAGAUUGCCUAUACCGAGAUCGACUGGAUAGCCUACAUGCAACAGAUUUCCCAGUAUGUCGACGGUGAGCGUGACUACAUCAAACUCUACGGCGACACUGGCCCCCUGGUGUACCCAGCCAUGCACGUCUACAUCUACCGGUUCCUCUACGCGAUCACCAACCAAGGACAAGACAUCAAGCUGGCCCAGUACAUCUUCAUUGGGCUCUACCUUGCCACUCUAUGGCUGGUCAUGCAGUGCUACCGCGCCGCGAAGGUACCGCCGUAUGUCUUCCCGCUCUUAAUACUGAGCAAGAGAUUGCAUUCUGUGUUUCUGCUGCGGUUGUUCAACGAUUGCUUCGCUGUGUUCUUCCUAUUUUUGGCGAUCUAUUGCUAUCAGAGACGGCUGUGGUCAGUGGGUUCGCUCGCAUACAGCAUUGGCCUCGGGGUGAAGAUGAGCCUGCUGCUCGCUCUUCCCGGGAUAGGAGUGGUGCUUUGGCAGGCUAUUGGUCGUGACCGAGCAUUGCGCCAGGCUAUGUUCAUUGGGCAGUUUCAGAUACUGAUAGGCUUCCCAUUCCUGCUGAAGAAUCCAUGGGGUUAUCUAUCAAGAGCUUUCGAGUUCAGCCGCCAGUUCCUAUUCAAAUGGACGGUCAACUGGCGCUUCGUUGGCGAAGAGCGCUUCCUGUCAAAGCACUUUGCAUUCGUUUUACUAGCUGGUCACAUGACAGUGCUCGGCAUCUUCAUCUGCACACGGUGGCUUCGAAUGACACCCGAAGAGGCGGUUCGAUACCUCAUCUCACCACCGCCGCUGCAAGAGCAGGCUAAGCUUGCCCGAAAGACGACCCCAAGCUUUAUUUUGGCCACCAUCUUGACUGCCGUAAUGAUCGGAUGCCAAUUUGCGCGGAGCUUGCACUACCAGUUCUACGCAUACAUUGCCUGGUCAAUGCCUUUCCUGCUUUGGCGCAGUGGCCUGCAUCCAGUCCUGGUAUAUCUUGUCUGGGCCGCACAAGAGUGGGCCUGGAAUGUAUAUCCCAGUACUGACACGAGCUCGCUGGUUGUGGUUGUUUGCAUCAAAGCCACAGUUCUGAGUAUCUGGUUCGGAACAGAGGUCCCAGAAGAUGCUCGUAUUGCCGGUCAGGACAAAACAGAGCACGUCGACUGA